AUGGCGCAUUUAAUUCUGGCCUCAGGCUCACCAAGGCGUAAAGAGCUGCUUUUACAAGUGGGCUUGGAUUUUAGCAUCCACAGCCCAGAUAUUGAUGAAUCUGUCUUGGAACACGAACAGAUUGAGCAGUAUGUCCAACGUUUGGCUGAAAGCAAAGCCAAAGUGGUAUUGGCGUUGUAUCCGCAAAGCACUGUUAUUGCAGCAGAUACAAGCUUGUUUUUUGCCAAUCAAAUUAUUGGGAAACCAACAUCUAAGCAGCAUGCUUUUGAAAUAUGGACAUUAUUGUCAGGUCAAAAACAUGAAGUGUUGACAGGUGUUUGCGUUGCAAAUGCACAUCAAUUAUUGAGUGUCGUGGUUCGUACGAAAGUUGAGUUCCAACAAUUCAGUCUGAAUGAUAUGGAAGAAUAUUGGGCUACAGGCGAACCUUUGGGGAAAGCUGGCGCAUAUGCAAUUCAAGUUAUGUCUGACGAGUUAUUGAUUAACGUCACACCUAUGGAAUGUCGUGUGGCGCUAAUUCAAAAUGGUACGGUCAACGAACUGUUUGUUGAACGAACUGUUAAACGCGGGUUAGUCGGGAAUAUUUAUAAAGGAAAAGUUGUCCGUGUACUUCCAGGGAUGCAAGCAGCCUUUGUCGAUAUCGGGUUAUCUCGUACUGCAUUCUUACACAUCAAUGAUAUGAUUUGGCCGCGUAAUCAACCUACGCCGAAUGUCUUUGAGUUAUUACAACCUGGUCAAAUUCUGACGGUUCAAGUGAUGAAAGACAUGUUGGGCACCAAAGGUGCGCGACUGAGUACCGACCUUUCUAUUCCAUCUCGUUAUCUUGUUUUGAUGCCAUAUGGCAGUCAUAUUGGUGUAUCGCAACGGAUUGAGUCUGAAGAAGAACGUGACCGUUUACGCUCGAUGAUUGAAAGAAUUCAAAGCGAGCAUAAGUUGCCGGGUUCAGUGAUUGUACGUACAGCCGCUGAAGGAAUUGAAGAGGCUUCAAUUGCUCAAGAUAUGGCAUAUUUAGCCAAGCUUUGGGAAUUUAUUCAGAAAAAACAAAAAAUUAUUGCAGUACCUUCGCUGAUUUUUGAAGAACUUCCUUUACCACAACGUGUUAUUCGCGACUUAGCCAAUGAUGAUACGGCAACAAUUUAUGUAGAUUCACGGGAAAUACAUGCCAAGUUGCAAGAGUUCGUUUGUGAAUUUGUACCGAGUAUGGAAAGCCGCUUGCAGCACUAUCCUGGUGAGCGUCCACUUUUUGAUUUGUACAAUGUUGAAGAAGAUAUCCAAAAAGCAUUACAAACCCGUGUAGCUUUGAAGUCAGGUGGUUAUCUGAUGAUAGAUCAGACUGAAGCGAUGACCACAAUUGAUGUCAAUACAGGUUCGUAUGUCGGUGGCCGUACGCUAGAAGACACUGUGUUUAAAACCAAUAUGGAAGCGACACAGGUGAUUGCGCGCCAAUUACGCUUACGUAAUUUAGGUGGCAUUAUCAUUAUUGACUUCAUUGAUAUGCAGGAAGCUGUACAUCGUGAAGAGGUCAUGAAUCAGUUUGAUAAAAUGCUGGAACGUGACCAUGCAAAAACCAAGAUUACCCAAGUCUCUGAACUUGGCUUAGUUGAAAUGACACGUAAACGUACCCGUGAAUCAUUAGAGCAUUUGUUGUGUGAAUCAUGUCCGACCUGUCAAGGGCGCGGAUUUGUGAAAACAGCAGAGACAGUAUGUUACGAAAUUUUUCGAGAAAUCUUAAGAUAUACCCGUGCUUAUGAGUCUAAGAGUGGCUUUACUGUUAUCGGUCAUCCAUCGGUGAUUGAUCGCCUAUUAACUGCGGAAGCCCCAGCUGUCGCGGAUUUAGAGCAUUUUAUUAAUCGCGUGAUUAAAUUCCAAGUCGAAAAUUUAUACACGCAAGAGCAAUACGAUAUCAUUUUGAGUUGA